CUCACCUCAAUUAUAGUGUCCUUAGUUCUUGUGAUAAAAAAUAUGCAGAUGCUUUUUGAUAUCAGCAAUGAGUGUCAGUAAAAAUGUGCACCGGUGUGCAAAUAGUUUGCGGUGUGUUGGUGUUCACGUUGAGUUUUUUUGAAGUUUGGUCGGGAAUAAAUCCGAACGGAAGAAGUGAUUAUAACUGGGGUGAGCAGGAAUAUGAUUUUAUUGUAAUUGGUGUGGGAUCAGCUGGGAGUGUAGUGGCAAACAGAUUGUCAGAAAAUCCUAGUUGGAAAGUUUUAGCUCUCGAAGCUGGUAUAUUUGCUGAUCCACUAACUGACAUCCCUACUUUAGCUAUUACAAAUUCAAGGUAUCCAUAUGAUUGGGGGUUUAAAACUGAAAAAAUUCCGACAGCAUGUCUUGGUACCGUAGACGGUACAUGUCUUAUAGCAAAAGGAAAAGCAGUAGGAGGAACGUCAGUAACUAAUUUUAUGGUAUAUACUCGAGGAAAUAAGUUAGACUACGAUGAAUGGGCUGCAUUAGGAAAUACCGGUUGGUCAGAUGACGAGGUCCUACCCUAUUUCCUAAAAUCUGAAAAUUGUGAAAAAUGCACCGAUGUUGAUAAGAAGUUUCAUAGUAAUCAUGGACCAUUAAAUGUAGAACCUCCAGGUUGGGAAUCACCUUUAGUUGAUUUAUUUAUAAAAGCUGGUCAGGAGAUGGGAUACAACGCAUCGGAUCCCAAUGGUCACCAACAAUUGGGUUUUUCGAAGGUUAAAGGAACUAAACGACAUGGAAGAAGAUGCAGUACAGCUAAGGCGUUUAUUAAUCCAAUUUUGCAGCGACCAAAUUUCCAGCUCCUCACAUCUGCUACAGUAACAAAAAUCUUAAUAGAUCCCUCGACUAAAAAAGCUUAUGGAGUGCAAUUUAUCAAAUCUGGAAUGGAACAUACAGUUUCAGCUACUAAAGAGAUCAUUCUAAGUGCAGGCACCAUAAACAGUCCGCACAUUUUAAUGUUAUCAGGAGUAGGUCCAAAAGAACACCUUGAGGAUAAGGGAAUCCCUUGUAUUCAGAACCUAAGUGUAGGAUAUAAUCUACAAGACCAUGUGGGCGUUAUAUAUCAGGCACUUUUUGUUAAUGAGAGCAUUACUUUUGAUGAUAUAUUAGCUGCAAGUCCUUGGACUUGGUAUCAAUAUCUUUUUCAAGGUAAGGGUCCCUUAACCUUACCAGGAGGUGCUGAAGCGUUGGCGUUUAUAAAGACAAAAUAUGCCUCUCCCAAACAGGAUUACCCAGACAUGGAGUUAGUACUGGGAGUAUCUUCUUUCAAUAGUUUAUUAUUUGGUCUAAUCAGCAACUUUGUUGGCAUACCUACCAAGAUAUUUAGGCAAGUUUUUGCGCCACACGUAGGGAAACCUUCUUUUAGUAUCAACCCAUUCAUUCUAAAGCCAAAGAGUAGAGGAAGGGUAUAUUUAGAGGAUAAAGAUCCGAUGAAAGCUCCUGUUAUAUUAACAAAUUAUUUUAAAAGCGAAGAAGAUGUAAAUACAUUAGUUGAAGGACUUAAAAUGGUUGUGCAAAUAGCCGAAUCUGAACCCUUCAAAAGAUACAAUACGAAGGUAAAUAGGUCUCCCUUUCCUGGAUGCGAAAAAUUGACAUUUGGGAGUGAUGAAUAUUGGAAAUGUGUUGUAAGGCAGGUUGCAGUUUCUGAACAACAUCAUGUAGGUACCUGCAAGAUGGGUCCAUCGACUGAUCCUGAUGCAGUAGUUGAUCCGUCGCUAAAAGUGUAUGGGAUUCAAGGUCUUCGGGUGGUUGAUGCGUCUAUUAUGCCAAAUAUUAUAGCAGGACAUACAAAUGCACCUGCGAUAAUGAUAGGAGAGAAGGCAGCUGAUAUGAUUUCAAAAGACUGGUAGAAUAUCUGUAUAAGUUUAGAUAAUAUAGUUAUUAGAAGAUAAUUAUUGUUCAAAUAUUAGUGGCGUAGCUAGCCCCACAGGGGCCCCAUAUCAAAGUUUGUCGCGCGGCCCUUUUCCACCACUGAUAUAGCAUAGUCCUAAAAAUAAUUUCAACAAAAGAAGCAAAAACGCUUGUAUAGAAUAGAACAGAAAUAUGCUUUAUUGUCACUGAAAGUUUUACAAUUUUAUGGACAAAGAUUACAAAGAUUAGGAAAAACAGAAUAACAAAUACAGUUUACUGAAAUUACAAAAAUCGUCAAUAUUAUUACAAAAUAAAAGAUAAUGAAAUAAAAUAAAACAAUACAGGUUGUUUCAUUAAUAAUUGGAAAUAUUUUAACUAGAAUCCUGGGCUCAAAAUAUUAAGUAUUAACCCAAAUCACCUACUCCGAAAAUGCUUCCUAAGAGAGUUGGAGUUCUUUGAAGAUGGUGGUGACUUUUAACCAGUUUUUUAAAUACCUAUAGAAUACUUCUAUUUAGAAAAACUAAAACUGGUACGUCUAUUUAUCUUCCAGAGAUAAAUCAUUUCAUAAAUUGUGAAUUUCUAGUACCGGACAUAUGCGUCCUCUUUGUGUAGGGCAAUGGUUAUUUUAUCGCAUAACUUUUUUUCUUUGACUUUUAAGCAUUUUUGACACUGGAAUAUUAAAUCGUGAGGUACUCUAGUACUAAAAGUUACUCUUACUUUAAGUCGGUAGGAUAUUUAAGUCUUCUAGAAAAAUCGAUUUGAAAAAGUUUCGUUUUUUGAAUUUGAGCAAAAUUUGAAAAAAACCUAAAGCAAGAGUAACUUUUAGUGCUAGAAUACCUCAUAAGUUAAUAAUUUAAUGUCAGAAAUGCUUCAAAAUUAAAGACACAAAAAAUAAUGCGAUAAAAUAUCUGUUGACCUACCCAAAACGGACGCAUAUGAUCGGUACUAGAAAUUCGCAAUUGAUGAAAUCGAUUCAUCUCUGGAAUAAAUGUACCAGUUUUCGUUUUUUGUUUGUGGGUUAAAUCUUAAUAUUUUGAGCCCAUGAAUCUACAGUUGUUAAAUUAUUUCCAGUUAUUAAUGAAACACCCUGUAUAUUGCAAAAUUUACAUAAAUUGCAAAUUGCAUAAUACAACCUUAGAAACUAAUAGGUAAGUUCUGCGUAUAAAACCCAAAUAUAGAUAAUAAUAGUAAACCCAAUAAACUCUAAUAAACCAAAGUCGAAAAAUAGAUUUGAAUUGUUGAGACUCGUUGUUUUAAAACAGAUUCAGUUUUUUCAAGCCAAUGGUAAAUGGACAUACAAAACGAACCUAAACAAAGAAGCUCUGUACUUUAACGGCAAGCGACCGGCAAAUACAUACAUAGAUAUACCUAAAUACAAUUUAUAGAAAAAGAACAGAUUACACGAAAAUAUACGCAAACAAUACCUAGUGUUUCAAUGUUUCAAAUAUUCAAAGGUAAAGCGAUUAGGUACAAAUAUUGCAAUUUGGCAUUAUACAUUAUACACUGUCUCACAUACAACCAACGGUGAAUAGACAAUAAAAAGUAGCUUGAAGACAAAAAAGCUCUGUAGUUAUAGAAAGGCGAGAGGUAGAAAAUAGAUAGUACUUGUACAUAAAUAUAAUUUAUACAUAUAUACGAGUAGAUAGAUCACCCAUUUCACGAAAAUGUCGAUAUCCAAACAAUAUACAUUGUUCAAAGCGUUUUAAUAGUAAAAUAAUUGUAGCAUAUUUUGUUCCAUUUUUUUAAAGGAAUUUUGUGUCGACAUGCCGCGCUGGGGCCCCUGAAAAUAAACAGAAUAAUACAAAGAAAGACAGCUUUAGAUUUAAUUCAGUGGCCACCACCAUCAGUUAAAAUAAUAAUAUGUUUCUUUUUUUUAGUCAUCAGAACUGCCUGUGGUGUACUCUGAAGCUACCUACAUCUAGCUGUUUACUAAGCAAAAUAAUAAACAAACAUUUGUUGCAGGGUGCAUUAGCGACAUCUAUUUAAACAAAUUAAACAAAAUAGAAAAGAGAAAAUUUUCUUUUGGGUCUGAGUUCUUGGUGACUAUUAAUACCGAGCCAAAAUCUCAAUACCGGUAUUUGGUAUUUAAAAUUUCAAAUACCGGGAUCCCGGUAUUAAAACCGGUAUUAUGAAUAAAAAAUAUACACGUUAUUUAUACUAUCCUCAGUUGUUAUAUCGACUUGUUAUUAAAUAAUAUAUACAACCGUUGAUUGAAAUACCUCAAUCAACGAUACAACCUAUUAAAUUUUGUUUUGAAAUGAGUAGAGAUGUUGUUUAUAACAUUACAUAGAGAGUAGGAAUAGAUAGAUACAAAAAAUGUGCAAAUAGAAAAACUAUAUAUUUGAUUCUAGGAUAAAUUUUGCAUAUAAUAGGAUAGUACUUUUACUUAUAAAAUUUGCUAUUUGUAAAUUAAUUUAACUUUAAAAUAUAUUAAUACAAAGAUUAACUUACUGUGACAAAUAUUGUAUAUGGAUUACUCUGUAUUUAGACCGCUAUAUAUUUUCAAUUAUUAUUAAUAAUUCACAAAAUAAGUGAGACUAAUUUAUACACCACAAUACACAAAAAAAUGAAAAAUAGAUCUUAAAAUGUAAAAACAAUUCUGAUUAAUAAACCUUACGGCUAAUUUAUAAAAUAAAGUAGUCUAAUUUUAAAUAUUUAAGAAUUUUUAUAUAACUCAUUUUAUGUAUUUAGUCCAUGUGGUGAGACCGCUCCCGUCUGGAAAAAUUUCUGAUUCGGUUUCUUUGUGGAUUCCUAUUCAAAAAUCUCCCCUUUAAACAAAUCUAAAGGGUGCCGGGCGGAAUUUUUGGGCAGAAAUUGUUUAAACAAUGUUUUUAAACAAAUACAAAAUAUCACGUUUUUUUGGCACGGAACAUAUUUUAUUUUCAAGUU